AUGCUAGGAGUAAGGCAUAGAUUGUUGGUAUCGACGUACCGGCCACUAUCUAGAUCCAUACAAACCGAUUCUCAAAGGUUAAACCAGGUGAAAAUUACCUUACUGGAUGAAUUCGUACCAAAAUCCACUGCCGAAUCUACAAACGACAAAACAAAUGAUCUACAAAUAUUCAAUACUUCAAAAUUAGCAUCGGUCCAAAUCCCUUACAAUUUGCCCCUCUAUAUCAGACCAAACUCCUUAAUCUCGCUUUUGUCCAAUAUACAAGAAAAUAAUUUCCAUAUAAAGACUAUUUAUAAAAAUGUAUUCUUUAAUUUAUUCCAUUAUAAAUCAUUCAAUUCAUCUAAAUUUGAUAAAAUUUUAUUCACAUCCUCAAAUAAAGAUACAUCUGUAAAUAACAAUUCAAUUGUCGUCUCCUCUUUGGGAAAUAAUAAAAAUUCUUCAUUAUUCCAUCUAAAGAUAGAUGGUACCAAAGAUUGGAAUUUGUUUGUGAAUAACAAGUUUAAUGGCAAUCCCUUAUUGGCAUUCGAAGACAAUUCUUCUUUAAAUAUUGACAAGAAUCGUAUUACAGGUAGAGGGAAUGUCAUCUUGAAUAUCAAUGGUUCGUGUUAUAACAUAGAUUUAAUUGAUCAAAAAGAUCAAAUCAUUAUCAAUAAAAAUUGUUUGGUUGCCAUGAAUGGAAUUUCUCAAUUCGAUAUUAAAAAUUCUUUGAAAAAUUUAAAUUUAAAUUAUUCCAUAAAUAAUCAAUUAAAUUCAAAUAAGAUAAUCACCGAUACAGAAGGCAAGCAAAAUGAUAAACAAAUAGUCGAAGAUUUUAAUUGGAAAUUAUUUAUGACAUAUAAUUAUAAAAUUUUAAAUUAUUUAAAUGAUCAUUUCAAAAAAUUCAUUUUCAAAUAUUUCAUCAAUAGAAAUAAACAAUUCGUAACAAUCAAUGGUCCAAGAACUAUUCUAUUACAAACAAAUUCAAAUCAAAAUCAAAUAAUAUCUGAUUUCAUCUUUUCCUCCAAAUUAUUUAAAAAAUUGGAAAAUUAUUCCACUUCUUCCUCUUCAUCUUCAUUUUCAAAUGAUCCAGUUAAAUUAGUUAAAGAUACAAUCAAUGCAAAUAACAAUUUGUUGAAACAACAAUCUCAAACAAAUUCAUCUACAUAUCUACAUUACGCUACUAUAACAAAGAAUAAAAAUGUAGUAUUCCAAUCUACUCAAGAUUUUAAAGAUGCUAUACGUUAG